AUGGUGCGCAUGACCCUCGAAUGUGGCAGCGGGCAUGAGGCCAACAACGAGACGCAGGUCCUCAACAAGAGAAAGCCAGUCAACCUCAUACCCAACCCGACCAACAUCCCAGACCAUGCGGAGGUAUACGUCAUGAAAGGAACCGAUGAGGUCUUUACAGACUACGAGAAGUACUUGAAGCGAUUCGACUGGCUCAACCAGAAGAAGUUCACAGACGCCGUCAAUGGCAAGUCCGGGUUGACCUACUGGGACGCGUUGGAGUCUGAGACUAAGAGUUCGGCCUCCAUCGAGAAUGUCUUUCCCGAAGUGCUCCGUGACCCGAUACUUCGCAAAGUCCAGUUCGCGACCAUAUCGCGAAUGGACGAGCUCGUCAACGUGGUGUACGACGAAUUCAAACACGACUUCUUUCCGGGCGAGGAAGUACUCGUCGUUUUGGACGAGGGCGACCAAUACGUGGGCAGCAUCCGAGAGAAGGCCAAGUUCCCGAUGAUCAGAGGCGCAGAUGGCACUAUCCAGCGGGCACCAUUCUCACGAUACUUCGUUUAUUUUGGCGACUCCACAGACGAGGCUUUGUUGGACGACAAGCACAUUCGGCGCGACCGGAAAGUCUUCACCAAGCAGAAUCUCCGAGCAUUCUUGAAGAACUCACUGCAGCGAGAGGCAUGGACUGGUGCGCCUUGGCUAGUGAAGGAGCAUCUUGCCAUCCAGUACCGACUGCCGAUGGAAAUCCCAGCUCACCUACUGCAGGAAGCUCGCCUGCUUCAUAACAAGCAACAAAUGCUGCAGGUGCGCCCUUCAAAGAGCAAGAAGCCACCAAAGGGCAUGUCACCGCAAGAAUAUGCCCGCUUGCAACAAGAAGAGAUGCGCAUGAUGCCGCAGCAACAUCCAGGUGCACCUCCACAACAGGUGCAGAACCUCCACCAUCCGCCAUCAUCCCGAGCCAUGGACCGACCGCCGCCGCCGCCGCCUAUCAAAUAUCCUAUCGAGGAUCUUGACCUUCCGCCAAAGCGGAAUGGUGUCACUCGUCCAGAACUAAAAUUCUUCACAGAUGAGAUGGCAGAGUACAUCACCAAGGACCGCAACUUAGCAUUCGAGGACAUUGAAAUGGGCUCGAUGGGAUUGCUUCUGGAAGUCUGGAACACACUCAACGUCCAAUGCGAGGUCUACAAGCUGGACAGCUUUACCUUUGAUGACUUUACGGAUGCCAUGUGCUACCAAUCACUUGACACACCCUGUGAGCUGUUCGAAGAAGUUCACUGCGCAGUACUGAAGCAGUUCGUCGACCCGAAAGGAAAGCUGUUGGUCAAGGACUUGCCCAAAAAGAUCCUGGAAGCCCCGGCGGACGAGUCGGAGAAUCUGGACGAGAGCGAGGUGUCAACACCACAACCUGAACCCAUCGGAGUUUCGACACGCAGCAGACUCAGCCACGUCGAGUCUGCUGCUGAUAUCGCGGAUAGCCCCAGUGUUCCCCCAGAGAAGCCAAAUCGAGCGUCAGAAAUGCUGGCAGAGCGUGACUGGAUCGACAGACUUUCAACCCGGGAUUUCGAAAACGGCGGCUGGCAGGUGAUCAUCGUCGGCAUUCUGUACCAGCUAUCGGCUGCUCCCUCUUACAAGGGCAGAUGUGACAGGAUCCUGGCCCAUCUCGCUCCAAAGGACAUGGAACCCACUCAGGAGACAGCGCGCGUUCAAUACGCGUCUAUGGAUGUCAACAUGCGGAUAUCAGCCCUGCAGAUGCUCACGAUUCUCACUAUCCGGACUGAGGCCAUCAAGGACUUCUUGGAGGCAUGCAGUGAAGACAUGACAGACGUGAGAAAGCGCAAGAUCGAGCAUCAACGAGAGAAGAAGACGGCAAUGGAAGAGCUUGCAGCAAAAGACCGAGAGCGUAAGAUACUACUACCCGAGAACAUGCCCGAAUCACCCAAACAACCCGAAGUCAUCGAAGAGCCAGAUGUAACUGAAGAGUCAAUAGAUCUGAAUGGCGGUGGCAGCUCAGACGCAGAUGAGGAUGCACCUAGAUUGCGGCGUGCCGGAGACCGCAAGCGAAAGCGUGAAGAAGAAGCAGCCAAGCGAGAGAAGGAGAAGGCUGAGAAGGCCGAAGCUGCCAAGGCCCAAAACAAGCAGUCGCGCGAGUUCAAGAAGAUCCUCAACGAAAUCGACAACCUCUCCAUGCAGAUCAAGGAUCAUGAAGAGAAGAUUGCCGAUUGCGAUUCCGACCUGCGCGAGGCUAACAUUCAGCGCACCAAAGUCUUGGGCAAGGAUCGUUUCUGCAACCGGUACUACUGGUUUGAACGCAACGGACAGCCAUUCGGCGGACUUCCCAACUCGAGCACUGCCAGCUACGGCUACGCCAAUGGCCGGAUCUGGGUGCAAGGACCGGAUGAGAUGGAGCGAGAUGGCUUCAUCGAGCGGACGAAGCAAGAACAGGCUCAGUACCAGCGCCAAUUCGGCUUGACCGUCCCCGAGCGGCGCAAGCAAGAAGAAGGUCCGACUGUGCUGGACGACGCCAACGAAUGGGGUUUCUACGACGACCCAGACCGACUCGACAACCUCAUCGGAUGGCUGGACGAGCGCGGCGAGCGAGAAAAGAAGCUGCGCAAGGAGCUUUGCGAGUGGCGCGAGAAGAUCGUCGAGUACAUGUCGAAGUACAAGAGCUUCAAGGCGGAAGAGGCGGCCAAGAAGAUCGACGUUGAGGAAGAGAGCACCACCCGCGUCAACACCCGCCACAAAGCCCAAGAGGAGCAGACUGCGGCCAAGGAGCGGUGUUUGAAGUGGAAGAACACGAUGGCUCAGGAGGAGUUUGGACAUAUUCACUCUCAACAGCCUAAGCCGACGAAGAAGGAGAAGCAAGCGGCUCAGAGGAAGGAGGUCAAGGGUGUGGCGAUGCCUUUGAACCGUAAUGGCAAGCCUGUUACGCGCCAGGGCGACAAGUACAGCUUCAAGUGA